AGAACAGGGAGCCAAAGACAUAAGCGGCAAAAAGAUGUUUGAUCCGGCAAUUCCAAAAUCGACUAUCGCGUCGUUCUUCGUUGCCAUUUUCGCGAUUGCUUUGCCCGCAGUUUUUGCGUCCAGUAGUGAGUUCACAAAACCUGCUCACCACUCAGUCGAAGAACUGGUACUCACGAACGAAGUCGCUUCAGCCAUCGGCGACGAGGAGGAGGAAAGCUUGCCAACCUGUCCAAGAGGAGCAGCAUGUGCUCACGUUCAAGCCAACAGCCGAGGAAUCAACGUCGUAGAAUACUGCCAAUGUAAAAAAGGGAAAUUGGCGAAAUUCCUUGGAUUAACAACUUUCCACGAUUGUCCCUUGACGUGGGAUCCAGAGGAUGGAAAAUCUAUCACCCAAGGCUCAAACCAAUACAAGUUUUUGCGUCCAGUAGUGAGUUCACAAAACCUGCUCACCACUCAGUCGAAGAACUGGUACUCACGAACGAAGUCGCUUCAGCCAUCGGCGACGAGGAGGAGGAAAGCUUGCCAACCUGUCCAAGAGGAGCAGCAUGUGCUCACGUUCAAGCCAACAGCCGAGGAAUCAACGUCGUAGAAUACUGCCAAUGUAAAAAAGGGAAAUUGGCGAAAUUCCUUGGACUAACAACUUUCCACGAUUGUCCCUUGACGUGGGAUCCAGAGGAUGGAAAAUCUAUCACCCAAGGCUCAAACCAAUACAAGGUAAAUGAACAA